CGUAAGCGGGGUGAAGAGGGUCCAACGGACGCUGCUCGACAACGUAAACGAGCCGAAACCAAACAGCGAGAGAGUACACGACGAAAUCGGCUCACCAUACGAGUUUAUGGACUGCCUGCUGCUCAAUGCAUACGCUGGCGAUAAAUUUGGUGUAGCUUCCCCCCCCUCGAAGAUGGACGACAGCGCGGCGAGGGAAGAUGCCUGCCAAGAAUAUAAGUCCUCGCUGGAAGACCUGACGUUCAACAGCAAGCCGCACAUCAACAUGCUGACCAUUCUGGCCGAGGAAAACGUCAACUUCGCCAAGGAUAUCGUCUCGAUAAUUGAAGCACAAAUAAGCAAGGCCCCAGCAGCUGAGAAGCUUCCAGUUUUGUACUUAGUGGAUUCCAUAGUGAAGAAUGUCGGAGGAGAGUACCUCGCAGUGUUUGCUAAAAACCUAAUCACUUCAUUUAUAUGUGUGUUUGAAAAGGUGGAUGAGAACACUAGAAAGAGUUUGUUCAAGUUGCGAUCGACAUGGGACGAAGUGUUCCCUCUGAAGAAACUGUACGCACUAGACGUACGAGUCAAUUCUGUGGACCCGGCGUGGCCCAUCAAGCCUCUGCCGCCAACAGUCAAUGCCAGCAUCCAUGUCAACCCAAAGUUUUUAAAACAGUCUGAGGAGGCACCUUCUCCACGGCCUACCCCCUCGCAACCGCCGCCGCAGGUAAUUCAGUCAAGCCUGAACCAAGAGCAGCUCAUCCGACAGCAGCUGCUGGCCAAACAGAAGCAGCUUCUUGAGCUUCAGCAGAAGAAAAUUGAGCUGGAACUGGAGCAGACCAAAGCACAGCUGGCAGGAGGAUUUUCAUUACUAAUGCCAACUCCAGUACCUCCCAUGGCAACCCCGAAACCGGUUGGCCAGCCCACUCCCGUGGUCCGACAGGUGAUUACUCCUCAGCCUCAGACUGAGCCAAAGCUACCCACUAGAGACCCACGUCUGAACCGCAUUGGACCCCCAGGACCGUUCAAAGGCAAAGAGCACCCUACUGGGAAAAAGGAAACCCCUCCCACAAUAUUAACCCCUGUUAUUACACCAGAGAAACGGGUGUCAGAGAAGCCGCAGAUCCCGAGAAAGGAUGACAAGCCCAACAUUAAGUCUCCAAUGAUUAAAAACAUCCAGAGUAAGAACAAGCAUGCUGAGGUUGAGAACCAGAAAUCUGCAGACAACACAAAGAAAGAUCCCCAGUUGAAGAAACGUGGCCUUGACAAGGCUGGAGAUGACAAUGAUGAUGAGCAGAAGGAGAAGAAAAGAAGCAACAACAAGCGAGAUGAGUCUGCGCGGGGAGCCGAGCUGCCAAAAGCCUACAGAGGAAGGCUGCAGAACGGCUUGGUGACCAAACACGAGCGCGGCGAGUCUGCAGAGACGGUCGGCGGUAACGCCCGGACGCACGCCAGGAAACGCUCUCGGUCCAGAUCGCGGUCUCCCACCUCGCCAAAGAGGAAAGACAGGCGGUCACCCAAGAGCAGAACCAGGAGCUGCUCCCUGUCACCAUCCCCAUCGCGCAAGGUGGCGAAACCCAGGAGGGCCAGGGGUGAUGAGCCGCCGCACAGUAAGACUGCCCGGGACGACCGGCUGGCAUCCAAGAAGAACCAAGCGGAGAGCAGGCGCUCAAAGACUCCAGCAGACGACCGCCGCUCCAAGUCCAGAGAGUCUCCACGGAGCCACGAUGGAGGGAGCAACCAAGCCAAAGAUGUUCCUCCCCGCUGGAGAAGUGGCUGGGAUGAGAACAAACAUCUUAAGCCAGGGGACUCUCACGCAAAGCUUGGACCCCAGAGGCAUAAACCCUACAACACGCCAACACGUCCCACCACCCCCCGUACUCCGAAACACCGUCUAAGCGUGGAUGCCAACCUCCAGAUACCUGAAGCCCUCAACUCUGCAUCAAAGAAAGACCUGCUCAGAAGGGCAAGCAAGAGCUUGGAGAGUGGUGAGAUUUCGCAGGAAGACUUCCUGAACAUGGCCCACAAGAUCAAGAACUUCUUCCAGUAUCAGGAGGAGAAGCAACAGCGCCCAGAGAGUUGGAGCCCUGCCAAGAAGACGUUGCUGGCCACGCCUCCCGAGCCCAUGGACGCGGCUCAAUUGACAUACUUUGAGCACAAGUCCAAGCUGAAGAAAACACAAGUGGCGCACCGUUCCACUGGAGAAGGCUGGGAAAGUUUGGAAGAAUGUGAGGGGCCAGGCCGGGCGCCACGUGAGCUGGGUGAGAGGAGAAGCAUAGAACGUGAAGAAUCCAGACCUCCGCUCGCCCCCAUGGUAGAGGAGUACAACCAUGGCAAAGAGUUCCCCGCACUCAAAUCUUUGCCAGGCCUUCGCUUCAGGAGGAGGGCAGACCCCAGAGAGACCAGUGAGAGAGAGUGGAACUCCCCCUUGACUGAGCGUCAACGUGAGGAGCAGAAGAGCGGCUACGACGCGCCGCGGCGGUACGUCCCGUCGGCAGACUCAAGACACCCCGACCCUCGGCGUCUGGAUGGGCUCCCCCCUUCCGGCGCCCCGGUUCUCAGGAACUGUCCAAGCCCGACCGCUCUGGAAACUACCACCCCCAUGUUUGAGCGUGAACGCCUAUCGCCGCUCCACCAGAAGGAAAUGGGUGACAUGAGCCCCAUUCCGCGCUUCGAGAGUCCCAACAGCGUACACUCCGAUGACGGGCCGCUCCCCUCUGUCGCUCCCCUUACUCCUCAAUCUAUCCUCCAGGGGCCUGUGCUCGGGGCACUAUUGUCUAAUAUUCAUCAGCCAAGUAAUUCCCCAGGACACACCCCUCCGCACGACGGAGGCCCCACACCGUCCCGGUUUGACGCUCCCGGACACAUGGGCCCAUCUAGGCCAAACCCUGCAGGCUGGUACAAUGAGCCAUCCCACUUUGAGGGUCCUCAAGGCAGACCCCCUCAUCACAACAUGCCAGAGAGGUUUAAUGGACCACACAUGCCUCAGGGACCAUUGAGAGGCGCAGACAAUAUGGGUUGUUUUGACGGUCCUUCGGUCCCACAGGUUGCCCCAAGGUUUGACGGACCGGGUCCUGGGCACUUUGAAAAUCCAGUCCCAUGCUUUAACAACAACCAGGGGCCCGGUCCUGCACCAAUGGGCUUCCAGCAGCAGCAACCGAUUCCCUUUGAGAACCCCUCAUUGCGUCUGGAAGGGUCUGCUGGUCCAAUAUGUUUUGAGGGACCUGGCCAGCAGGGACCCCGGUUUGAUAUACCUCCUCAGGGCCCACGCUUUGAUGGUCCACCUGCCCAGCAGGGUCCCCCCAGGUUUGCGCCUCAACUCAACAUACCUAUGCGGCCGAUGCCCCCUCCCAUGUACGACAACGCCCUUCAGCCACCGCAAAACUUCACUAUGGCCCCGCAGCCGUUCCCGGAGUCCAUCAACCCUCAGUUCCACCCGGGGCCAAUGGCAUUCCCCGCGCUGCCGAACAUUCAGCCCGCGGCCAACUUCAACAUCCUGCCCGGCCCUCCAUUCAACCAGGCGGGUGCCACCCCCUUCUUCAACAGCACAGUGGCUUCCAUCAACAUGCAGCAGCCGGUCAACGUGUUGAACAUGAACCAGCCAUUCCUGCCUCAGAACCCAGCGCCUUUUGGACAGCAAACUCCCCAAAUGCCCCACGCAGAGAACCACUUCAGUCAGGUUGACGUCAACGACUUGCUCACCAAACUCAUCUCCACUGGCAUCAUCAAAGGGUCACAGCCGGACACCACAGCCCCCACCAACGAGUUACCUCCUUCAUCAGCACCAGACAUGCCUCCUGCAGAGGAGGAAGAUGAUGAGGAGUUGGAGGACGAUUUCCCCGACCUCACCAACUUCAAGAUUGACGACAUGAAACAACGUUAUGAGAGUGUGGUGACCAAGCUGUAUUCGGGGAACCAGUGCUGCCUGUGCAGCAUGAGGUUCACCAUCGCGCAGACAGACCUGUAUGCCGACCACCUGGAUUGGCACUUCAGGCAGAACCACGCCGGCAAGGUAGCUGGCAAAAAGAUCACCCACCGCCGCUGGUAUUACGGCCUUAGGGACUGGAUCGAGUUUGAGGAGAUCGCUGACCUGGAGGAGCGAGCCAAGAGCCUCUUCUUCGAGAAGGAGAACGAGGUGGAGGUUCAGAAGAACCAGGCGGCGGCCAAAGAAAAGGAGUUUCAGAGCGUGAAGGCUGCCAAAGACCAAGUCGCAGAAUUGUGCGAAAUCUGCCAGGAACCGUUCGAGACGUACUGGGUGGAAGAAGAGGAGGACUGGUUCCUCAAGAAUGCCAUCAAGGUUGAUGAUAAGAACUUCCAUCCUUCCUGUUUUGAGGAUUAUAAAAAUACAUCUUCAUACCUGGACAUAACGCCAUCGCCCAACAAGGUGCUGAGCGAACAUCCACUGAGCGUUUUCAUGAAGGCCGAGGAAGACGAGGAUUCUCAGUCCUGUGCCUUCGCUGCCUCAGUCAAGCAGGAAGCUGAUUCGGACGAGGGCGAAGGCGAGUGUGUGGUGAAGACGGAGGAAGAGGAGGAGGCACUUUUAACAGACGUGCAAUCAGAAGAGAGACUGUGAGCAGCUUCUCGGCUGCACUUUUUCUUUGUUUUGAAGGAAAAAGUCUUUGGUUGGUCGGCGAUUUGAAUACAUUUUGGUAUUUGUGCCGAGUGCUUCAACACACUGCUGCUUCGAUAAAUGAAACCUUUCCUUUUCGGGCUCAACGUGUAAAUGAUUUAAUUUAUACAUUAAAGUAUUUUUGGAA